AUGACCAACCUUCGCUUUCAAACUCUGUGGUGGAAGCCAAUAAGAAAGAGAUCAUAAUCACGUUCACAUGCAAAAAGAAAUCGGACUGUUUCACAAACAUUGCUUGAAGCUUGUGUUGAUUGCCGAUGUGAUAAAGGAUUAUGUAAAUGCCAUGGUUUUGGUGGAGACAAGGGAAAUCCAACAGCUGCGCCAUUAACUCCUUAAUUUGUCCAUUUCUUUUUCUUUUUUAAAUCCUCUUUUGUUUCUUGUAAUGCAAAUGAAUAAUUAAAAAGUGAAAAAUUUCAA